AUGGCGGCUGCGGACUCUUCGGUCUAUAGGGCCACCACUACUGCCCCUGUCAAUAUUGCUGUCAUCAAAUACUGGGGAAAACGGGACGCAACUCUGAACCUGCCCACCAAUUCUUCCCUCUCUGUGACCCUUUCCCAGCGUUCGCUCCGCACCCUCACCACCGCCUCCUGUUCUGCUAUCUACCCCACCGCAGAUGAGCUUAUCCUCAAUGGCAAGCCUCAAGAUAUCCAAUCCUCCAAGCGUACGCUCGCCUGUCUCUCCAGCCUGCGCUCUCUUCGCCAGGCGCUGGAAUCUACAGACUCAUCGUUGCCGAAAUUAUCUACACUUCCCUUGCGGAUUGUUUCCGAGAACAAUUUCCCCACGGCCGCUGGUCUUGCUAGCUCAGCUGCUGGGUUUGCAGCCCUCGUUCGUGCUGUAGCGAACCUCUACCAACUUCCGCAAUCACCUCGGGAGCUCAGCCGUAUCGCUCGUCAGGGAUCUGGCUCUGCUUGCCGGUCUCUGAUGGGCGGCUACGUGGCUUGGCGCGCUGGAGAGUUGGAGGACGGCAGCGAUAGUCUUGCUGAGGAGGUUGCACCUGCCUCACACUGGCCUGAGAUGCGUGCCAUUGUCCUGGUGGUCAGCGCCGAGAAGAAGGAUGUCCCCAGUACCGAGGGCAUGCAGACGACGGUCGCUACCUCGAGUCUCUUCGCUACCAGAGCGACAUCUGUUGUUCCCGAGCGGAUGGCUGCCAUUGAGACAGCAAUCCUGAACAAGGACUUUCCUGCCUUCGCCGAACUCACCAUGCGCGACUCUAACGGCUUCCACGCCACCUGCCUUGACUCCUGGCCCCCAAUUUUCUAUAUGAACGACGUUUCCCGGGCUGCUGUCAGAAUUGUCCACGAUAUCAACCGUGCUAUUGGCCGAACUGUGUGUGCGUACACCUUUGAUGCUGGACCGAAUGCUGUUAUCUAUUAUCUGGAAAAGGAUUCGGAGCUGGUCGCAGGAACUGUCAAGGCAAUCUUGACCACCAACACUGACGGCUGGAAUGGUCCUUUCUACGAUAUUCUGAAGGACGUCACUGCCCCGGGUGUUUCUUUGGAUAAGAUUGACUCUAGAGCCGUUGAAGUUCUCAAGGAGGGAGUCAGCCGCGUGAUUCUGACCGGUGUUGGUGAGGGUCCUGUCAGUGUAGAAGACCACCUGGUCAGCGCAACUGGAGAUGUUCUUUCGCACUAA